AUGGCGAGCGAAAAGGAACAGCAAGUGACCAACAUAGAGUCCGGGCACAACAGCUCCACUGAAGGACACGAUCGCCCUGGCGUCGACCGCCCCCCGCAAGAUGAUGUUCGCGUUACGCCGAAGACCUGGGUGGUGGUUGCGAUCCUCAGUUUCGGCUAUGGCCUCAGCUUCAUCCCCGUCCCAGUCAUGGCAGCAGUCGGCGCCGACAUUGCUACUGAUCUAGGUGAUGCUACUGCCUCCAACUGGUUCGUCGCCGCCUGGAUCAUCUCCAUCACCGUCGCUUUCAUGCUGGCUGGCGCGAAUACCGAUGUGCUAGGCAGGCGAUGGUUCCUCAUCGCUGGACAGUUCAUCUGCACCGUCGGCCACAUCAUCGUCUCGACAGCACAGUCCAACGCUCAAGUCAUCACUGGUAUGACCAUUAGUGGCCUUGGGGCUGCUCUGUGUCAGAUGGCCGCGUUUGCGCUCCCAGAAUUGCUCCCAAACAAGUGGCGGCACAUAGGUGUUGUGCUUGCAGAUUUGGCUGUCUACCUCUGUAUCAUAGUCAUCCCAGUCACUGCGCGGUACGGAUACUACGCUGGAAGCUGGCGAGCGAACUUCUACGCAGCUGCCAUCCUGCAAGGCAUCUCCGCUGCGGGCUUGUGGUUCUUCUACUAUCCUCCUGCGCAUCCUCUAGGCAUUCCGUUCGGCCAGGCCAUCCGCCAUCUGGACUAUCUCGGCAUGUUCCUCUUCAUGGCUGGGUCGCUUCCCGUGCUCGUUGGCAUUGUAUAUACUGCCACACUACCAGCUACUGAUCCUCGCGUGGUUGCGACCUUGGUCGUAGGCUUCGUCUUUCUGGUCAUCUUUGCGCUAUGGGAGACCUUCGGGAACGCCAAACACCCUCUCACGCCUCCAAUUGUGUUCACACGCUCACGAGGUCGGGACUUCACGGCACCUGCGAUUGCACUUGCCAUCAUCAACAUGUUCUACUACUCCAGCAGCAUCAUUUGGCCGACUAUGAUCAGCUCAUUCUACACCGCAGGUGGCCAGCCAUGGCAGAGAGCUGCGUAUCUCUCCCUUCCGCAGGGUCUGGCCAUCACAGUUGGAGCUAUGGGCCUCUCGUUUUUCGGCUCGAAGAUUCGGCAUUGGCAAUGGCAACAGACUACCGCUGUCACCGUCAUGGUCCUCUUCGGCUCCCUCCUAGCUCUCGCUACUCCAGACAACUUCAGCCUGAUGUGUGGCAUGCUCGUCAUCAGUAUGCUUGGCUACGGCUGGGCCAUCUACCUCACCAUUGCCUAUACUCAGAUGGGUGUCCCUCAGGAGCAGCUGGGUAUCUCUGGCGGUCUCUCCGGCUGCGUCCGCUUUGCCGGCGGCAGCAUUGGUCAGGCCAUCUACCUCACCGUCUUCCAAAACGAUGUCGCGCAGAAAACGCCAGUCUAUGUCACACGCGCUGCCCUCGAAGCCGGUGUGCCGCAAGGCCAGAUUGCCACUCUCUUGGGUGAGCUUACGGAUGUGGAGGCGCUCACGGCGGACUUUGGUGCCAACGUUGCAGGUGCCGUUGGAUACGCUCAACAGCUCGCUGUCGCCCAUGGCAUCAAGUUGAUCGCACUGACGAGUCUUGGUUUCGGUAUUAUUGGCAUUAUUGCGUGCUUGUGCUGCAAGGAUGUGGAUGAGAAGAUGAACGAGACGAUUGAGGUGUUCUUAGAGAACGAUGAGUUUGCGGACAGGAACAAGUUCCACUGA